UCAAACAAAGAAAAGGGAGGGAAAAUCGCAACUCUGCUUCUUCUUCACUGCAUUUUCUCAACAGUGAAGCUUCGGAAACAUAAUUUUUUUUUUCAGAUUAGAAAAAAUAUAGUGAUUAUCUUUACUAAUGGCUGAAACCCUAAGCCCCAAUCCAGCGACGGUGCAGAAGCAGAGAGCCCUAAUGUCUGCGCGGAUUCAAUCUCCCACAAGUCCCUUCUUCUUGGGCUCCAAUGACGACCAACUCGAGCGGGCUCAGGCACGAGCAGCACGCGCAGCUUCUAUUCGCCGAAAGUCCGUGGCUGCUCAUGCCCUUCCGCCUCCCGAUCCCGAUCCGUGCCUCGGCAAAGAGCAGAUUCUUGAAUUGUUUCAGAAUUGCAUCAAACUCGCUAGCGAAAAUAAAAUCAAUCAAAAGAACACUUGGGAGCUGAAUCUAAUAGAUCAUCUUUGCGAGAUAAUUAAAGUUGAAGAAGAAGAUGACGCGGAGACAAAUUUUCAAAAGGCAAGUUGCACUCUUGAAGCUGGGGUUAAAAUUUACUCAUUGAGGGUGGAUUCAGUGCACUCAGAGGCAUAUAAGGUCCUUGGUGGGAUUAAUAGAGUGGGUCAGGAAAAUGAACAAGAUAAUGUGGUGGAGGAUGCUAAUGUCAACAGUGAGCAAGAGGAAGGGCAUUCUAAGAAAGAGCUAGAUAGGAAGAUAUCACCUUUGUCAACAUUGGAAUCGUCUUUUGAGGUUCUUAAUCUAAAGAAGUUCGACGUUGCAUUUGCAGUCGACCCUCUCUAUCAUCAAACAUCUGCACAGUUUGAUGAAGGUGGAGCCAAAGGCCUUUUGUUGAACAAUCUUGGAGUGUAUGGUGGCUGUCGGGUGCUUUUUGAUUCCUUUGAAAUACCAGGGAACUGUAUGUCAUGUGCAACUGAACUUGAUAAAUCAGAUACAAUAGAUAUUUCUUUUGCAAAAGAAUGCAUUGAACAGAUGGUAUUGAACAUGCGGACAAAAGAUGAAAUUUCGCCAACCCUAAGGAAUAUUGUUGAUCGAUUUGAUGAAAACAAUCAAAGGCCAUUAGAUACAUUUUCUUCUGCCCAUAAAUCAGAAGAGCAAGUUAAUUCAGUUUAUAACGAGGCUGAGUCGGAUGUUGAUGCAUUUGAGAACUGCAAUACCUGGACCUUUGAUCAUGAUGACAGAACAAGUGUGGUUGAUGAAGAUUCCUAUGGUGCAGAUCCAGUUUUUCCAGUUCAUCAUGAGGAAAGUGGACCAUUUACUGUUGUUGAACCUGAUAUGGAUGACAGAUUUGAGAGAGUUGAUGAUUAUUUGUUUUUAAGUUUGGGUUUUGCUUCGAAACAAAAUGCCUGGGCAGGUCCUGAUCAUUGGAAGUAUCGGAAGGUGAAAGGUCCAGAGGAUGAUCCCGCUACAGAAAAGGGAUCACCAAUAACAACUAAGAGAACAAGGAGUAAAAAACAGGCAGAACCUGAUAUUGAUUUUACAAAAGCCUUGGACAAAGAGAUCUCAGAUGUCUUCGCUCCUCCCAAAAAUCCCAAGUCAUUGUUUCUGCCUGCUAAUAGAGCUCCUUGCAAUACAAAACUUCCAGAAGAUUGCCACUAUCAGCCGGAGAAUCUUGUCAAGUUAUUUCUUCUACCUAAUACAAUGUGUCUUGGGAGGAGGCGAAGAAGGUUCUCAGACGAAUCAAGGCAACAAGUUGACGAUUUUGGUGUAUCUCCAUCAUGGGAUGAUGAAAAUGGGUUUGAUGACGCAUUUGACAAUGGAAAUUUUCACAGUGAUUUGGAGGACUCCAGCACUCUUGUCUCUCAACCUCGUCAGGUAAACAAGAUUGAAGUCCAGUAUGAUAAAACAUCUAAACAAGUUGAUGUCCAGGCACUAAAAGAAACUCUUUGGGGCCAUAUGCAAAAGUCUACUCAAUCAUCAGUCAAGGAUGAAGAAGAAGCAGUCUCUUUUAGGCACAUCCUGGCCAGUUUUCCUGAUCACAGCAGAGCAGCUGCUGCAAUGGAGGAUAUCUCGCCUCAUUUGUGUUUCAUAUGCCUACUACAUUUAGCCAACGAGCAUGGCUUGAGCAUCAACGGAUGUGCCGACUUGGAUGAUCUCAGCAUACACCUUCCUCAUGAUGAUACACUUACAAGUGAAGUGAUCUAAACCCUCAUCUUUCUCAUCUCUCUCUUUCUUGUGCUUUCUCUAUAGAUUUGUGUACUCUAGAGCAGCUCACUCUGUAUUUGUCUUCCUGCAAUGCAUUCUAAAAACAGGCACUGAAAGCACUGAAUUCUAUAAAAUCUGCCUUCUUCUUACAA